CCGCUCUCCCAUCAGUGAAUUUCGUUGAUAAGUUGGAGAGCGUGGGUUUAUUCCUUCUUCUUCAUCAUCAUCGCCACAUCAACCUCUCGCUGCACUCAAUCCGCAAUACGGGCCACUCGUCGUCGCAGCUACUGGAUCAGCUCGGCUCAGCUCAGCGCGCCACGCCCGCCACGCUCGCGCAGGAAACAUUUCACCACCUCACCUCAUCUAGCAUAGACAGGAUCGCAAGCACCCCCACUCGCCGCAUCCACUCCUCGAUCGCAAGCAUGCCCGCACAAUCAGAAGUCGACUUGGAGAAGCAGUCGUCUGGCACCACGGCCGCGCAUAGCGAAGCUGCCGAGGAGCAGCAGGAGCGUGCCGACAAUGUGCCCGACCUCGACGACGAAAAGGCUGGGCACCAGAAGCAGGGCACGGUCUCGUCAAAGAAGUCCACAAAGUUUGCGCCGUUUCAGACACCCAACUACAACCAAGCAGGAGGACAAGCGGGAGAGGGAGCAAAGGUUACCAGGACCUUCUCAAGAAGAGAUCCAAGCCUCCAUCAGCACGACUCGCACAUCUUCGGUGGUGAUCUCCAGACGCAAAACCACGAGGACACCCUUACGCGCUUCCAGAGUCAGGCGGGCAAGGAUGUCGUCACGGUGCACUGGGAGGGAGAGGACGAUCCCGAGAAUCCCAAGAACUGGGGCAGGCUCUAUCGAUGGUAUCUGACCGGUCUCGCCGGUCUGCUCGUCCUGAACUCGACGUUCACCUCAUCAGCACCAGCAGGUGUCGCCCCGGCGCUUGUUCAGGAGUUUGGCUUCAGCACAGAGGUCGCUGUCCUGACCAUUUCGAUGUUCGUGGCGGGGUACUGUCUCGGCCCACUGAUCUGGGGUCCAUUAAGUGAAAGGGUCGGACGUCGACCCGUCUUUCUCAUCGCUCUGCUCUGCUACACUGGCAUGAACGUCGGAUGUGCUCUUGCACCCAACACGGCCGCCAUCAUCGUCUUCCGCUUCCUUGCUGGCGCCUUUGGCGCUAGUCCUCUGACCAACUCAGGAGGUGUCAUCGCCGACAUCUGGGACGCAGACACUCGUGGAGACGCAAUGGCCAUCUUCUCCAUCGCUCCCUUUGCCGGUCCCGCCAUCUCGCCCAUCGUCUCUGGCUUCAUCUACGUUACCGGUACGGACUGGCGCUGGCUCUUCUGGGUCUGCACCAUCUUCAGUGGUGUCUGUCUCAUAAUCACCGCCAUCACUCUGCCUGAGACGUACGCACCUGCUAUCAUGCAGCGAAAGGCCAAGCGCAUUCGCAAGGAGACGGGCGAUGAGCGAUACAAGGCGCCCUUGGACUUGGCAAAGGUUGACGCGUCUACGCUCCUUCACUCCAUCUUUGCCAAGCCCUGGAUUAUGCUCGCACAGGAGCCCAUGCUCCUCGCCAUCACCUUAUACAUGGCCUUUGUUUACGGGGUGCUCUAUUUACUCUUCGAGGCUUAUCCUAUCGUCUUUGAGGAGGGACAUGGCUUCAACGCAGGUGUUGAGGGCCUGAUGUUCCUCGCGUUCUUCAUUGGCGGAGUCAUCGCGGUCGUCAUUUUCAUGACAGUCUUCAAUCCCCGCUACGUGAAGUUGAUGAAGGCACAGCCAAAGGGUGGACGAGUUCCCCCAGAAGAGCGUCUUCUGCCGGUCAUGGUCGCUGCUCCUGCCCUGGUCAUCUCCCUCUUCUGGUUCGCGUGGACCUCGUAUCCGUCCAUCUCAUAUUGGUCGCCCAUGCUCGCAGGUGGACUCCUCGGCCUUGCCCUCCUCUUCAUCUUCGUCGGACUCUUCAACUACAUCGUCGACGCAUACCUAAUGAGCGCCGCCAGCGCCCUGUCAGGGAACACGGUCGUACGAUCAGCCUUCGGAGCGGGCUUCCCCUUGUUCGCCCGCCAGAUGUUCCAAAAGCUGGGCACGCAAUGGGCAGCCUCCCUCUUGGGCUUCAUUGCGCUGCUCAUGGUGCCGAUCCCGCUGCUCUUGUACAAGUUCGGCUCGAGGGUCCGCGCCUGGUCCAAGAAUGCCCACUAAGAGCGAAUUGCAUUGUCCUUAGCCCUCUCUAAUGCCAUCAUCGCGUUGAUUGAUCCCGCCCCGCGUGGCAGACGGACUGGGGAUCGGGAGAUUGAUUCACCUGCAGGGGGCAGGUGCGGAGUUUGAAUCUACGAGUAUUCCGCUGUUGUUGCGCAGGUUCAUUCAUUACGACCUGUCCUUCUGUCCAGGUGCCUGAUUGACGUG